CCUGGCUUCGGGGCGGAGCCUUAGCGGUCGGCGGGAUCAGAGUAGUGAUCGUCGCCUAGCGCGCGGUUUCCUGGUCUCUCAGCUUCUGACGGGACAGACUAGCUUUGGGGAGUAAGGAGAGUACGCAGUUACCUAAAAAUGUCUGGUGAGUUAGGUCAGCCUCAGGCCGGCCCCUCACAUGCUGGGCUAGAUUUGCCGAACCCUGAGAGAAAUCGGGCUGGGGUCCCGGGAGGGGUGAUCCGAAGGGCCGGUGCCCAAGGGCGCAGGUCCUGGAUCCAAAAGGUUCUUGAACAAAUAACGGAUUCACCUCUGCAGUGGGUCACCCCCUCGGAGGUGGUGCCUGUCGCUGUGCUGGCCGUCCAGAGAUACCUGUUAGAGGAUGAACCACGCGACACAAUACCGAAACCUCCCCUUUACUGCUAUGAUGUGACGAUCUCAGACGGGGUAUACCAGGAGAAGUGCUACCUGGACCCCAGCCUGAACUUUCUCGUAUAUAAAAAUAUUCUUAAAGUCGGCAUAGAAAUGAAAAUUUCCAGAGUCUCGUGUCUUUACAACGAGAAAAGAUUAGGCCAAGGGAUCCUGUGCAUAGAUAACGUCCACUGUGGGGAGACCUUAGAGGAUAUUUCUUUAGAAACUCCAUUCAGAAAUAGUGCGCACGAGGAGGUACCCGAGAGGCCUUUAAGAGGCGGGAAGAGUCAUUACCUGGCCCUGUGGAAUAACGAAGAUCCAUAUGGAGAUAUUUGGUUAACCAACAAGCAACCUGAGGAGCACAAUUUUAACAAUACCAAAAUAAUUUCGCUUUCUCACCUUGAGAUGACCUGGUCUAGCAGAAGGAAUUUUCCUGCAUUGCUUGUGAGAAUCUUGCAUAAAUCCAAACUGCGAUACUAUGGAAAACCUGACAAAAAGAUGAUUGAGCCAUACCAGACCUUUUUGGAAGUGGCUGACAGUUCAGGCACAGUGUCAGUGAUCAUGUGGAAUGCCCUGUGUCCUGAGUGGUAUAAAAGUCUGCGGGUUGGUUUAGUUCUUCUGCUUCAGGAUUAUUCUGUUAAAAAGAGUUAUCCAUUCAGGAUGCAGCCUCUCCCUGUGGAUCCACAGAUCAAACUAAUUUCUACAAUGGAAAUCUGCCUCAACCUCCGAGAUCCUCCAACUAACAUAAUUAUCAUUCCAGAAAAGCAGGUGAAACCUGAAUGGAGAUUGCCAAAAUUAAAUCACCGCUUUAUCACAAGAUCAGAAUUGGAUGAUAUGCCAGAAAAUCAUAUCUGUGAUGUUAUUGGCAUUUUAGUUUUUGUAGGAAGGGUCCAGAGGUCAAAAAAGAAAGAAAGCCGUGAAGAUUUUUGGUCAUAUCGCUGGAUUCACAUUGCUGACGGGACUUCAGAACAACCAUUUAUAGUGGAGCUGUUUUCUACUUCUCAGCCAGAAAUCUUUGAAAAUAUUUACCCAAUGACAUAUUUUGUGUGUACUCAGUUGAAACUUGUCAGGAAUGAUGCUCAAGUACCUAAACUGCUUUACCUAACCACUACAAAUGAGAGCCGAGUGUUUCUUACUGGUCACAGAGGCCAGCCAUACACCAACGAUAUCAAGGUAAAAAACUUUAUUCAUUGGAUUAAAACAAGGACUGAUUCUGAGGAAGUGAGGACUACUGUUAUUGGUGGAUAUUACCCCUACCCACCAGUGCCAGAGACAUUUUCGAAGUAUAGUAAUUCUGUCAAAGUUGAGUCGCUCUUGACAGCUAUAAGUGAAGUGAGGAAGGAGAUUGAAGACUUGCAGUAUAGGGAACAAAAGCGCAUUGCAAUUCAGGGGAUAAUUACUGUUAUAAAGUAUAUCCCCCAUGCCACUGCAACUGAAAAUGCCUCAGCAUCAGAAACACUUCGGAAUGCUAACCGACCCUCAACAUCCCAAGCAACUAGAAAAGAAAAUCAAAGUCAGGAAAGAGAUAAUAAUAAACAAUAUCAAGAUGAUGAUCCUAUGGGCUCUCAGUAUUUUCCAGCUACACAUGAAAGUUUGAGCCCUACCAAGAAAAAAAGAAUUCUGCAAGGGCCAUGUGCCAAAUUAAUUCCUGUACCUCAGCCAGAAACUUCUGCACAAAGAGGAAAUAGACCUGACACACCAAACAUUUUCCAACGUCGAGAAAGCACAAGCGCUGGUGUCCAAGGGAAAGCGAGAAAAACUAUAAGCGAUAGAUGGGAAAGUCCGCUGUGGAGAGAGAAAAAGUUUGGCUUAAUAGAUCACUUGCAUUAUAGCUGUGUUCAUCCUGAAAGUAUUCCACGGAAAUUUAUUUUCGAGCAGAGAAAGUUUCUCACUGAGCAGUUUAAUUCUCAGCCUGCAAAAUACAUACCACCAGAGGGAAGGCCUCCAAAACUUGAGGACUUUAAAAGUGCCCGAAGCCUUGGACAUUUCGAAGUAACCAUUCUAGGACUGAACCAUGAGAUAGCAAUCGAUGUUGCAUUCCUGCCCAUGUAUUCUCCAGAAGAUCUCCGUACAUCUCAAAUCGACACAUUACUAACCUGCAUGAACUACAGCUGUGUGUAUCCGCAGGAAACACCUGGCAAUGACAGACUGCCAAGAGCACUUGCAGGUGAUAUUAUCAAAGCUGUAACUAAACUGGAUAAAGUGCACAUCGUCGGUAUCUUGGAUAUCUGUAACUUGGGUAACAAUAAGGUAGAAGUCUACUUGCACAAAAUUUAUAGCCCAACUAAUACUUCUUAAAAGUUGGCAGAUGAAUUGGUUACAGGUUAUAAGGAGGGCACUGCAUUAAAGAUACUCUGUCAUUUUGUUGGUAA